GGUGGUACGGUCAGAAAUCACUUUGAGGAAUAUAAGGCUCCUCAUCUCAAUGCAACCAUGGCAACACUGCUUCAGACAAUAAAGAGCAAGGUAUUUGAUGUGAACCAUUCAUAGAUGUUAUUGACAGCAGUAAGCCUAACCACCCCCCCCCCCAUGUCUUAAGUCAGUCCUAUAAUCAAGCUGUGCAUGGUCACCUUUUAUAUAUCCACUUAAUAAAUGUGGACACCUACCCAUAUCCAUAGACAGGAUCAGUAGGGUUGUGGGGUGUAAAUUUGUACACUUCAGUUCCUCUUGGAACUGUUUUUUUGAGAGGUGUAAAAAUGUAAAAAGGAAAGAAAGAUAAAAAGAUGAACUUAAUUUAUUGUCAAUGUUCAUAUUCUUAGAAAGUGCCUUUAUGUGAAUCAGUGGACAGUGCAAUGUUUGAGUGGAGGGUGGAUCUGACGCAGUCUGGAAAUGGAGAUUUUAUCAGUCCGCCAGUGCAAAGCAAGCUGGUAACGACCACUUGUGGAGUGAGGAGAUCGAAUGGUUUCUUUGACCUGCAUAUUUUUGUAGGAAGUGAAAUGGGCAUCACCUCCCUGUUAACAUCAGGAAUGGAAGUGACUCCUCCAAAAAAAGCAAAAUAA